AUGGGUUUGGACACUAUGAUGGUUGCGUUCGGCAUCCUACAGCUUCCUAUGCCCAUCGUCGGAACCAUCUGCUUGCCGCUCAUCUUCUUCAUGCUCUCGACGCGUGUGGGAGUUGGACCCACCGUCUCGUGCGCCACCUGGCUUCUUUUCGUCCUCCUGUUGCCCUUUCUGACAUCGAAGAUACAAAACGCGCAGUGGCGCAAGAUUAUGCAAGCUCGGGACGAGAGGCUCAAGCGCAUGACGGACCUACUGUCUUCGGUGAGAUUGGUGAAGAUGUACGCAUGGGAAGAGGCCUACAUGAAGGCCAUGAAAGAAGUCCGCGAAAAAGAAAUGACUUCUAUAUUCCGUGUCAACUUGCUGGAUGGCCUUCUCGAUUCCAUUUACGGCGCAUCGACCUCUGUGAUGACCAUCAUACUUUUCGGAACCUUGGCUGCUAUGGACCCCAAACGAAUCCUCAGUCCCGAGCUCUCCUUCUCCUGCGUCUACAUGUUGUCUAUGACGGACAUGGUAACAAACUCGGCCCCCUUGACUCUUAGGAUGCUCAGUCUGGCGGUGCUGAGUAUGCGAAGGAUCAAGGAUUUCUGCAAUGCCGAAGAACAGGAGAAUCGACAAACCUGCAGCAACAAUCUCACCCGAAGGAAAGGCGCAGUUGCAUUGGAAAAGUGCUCGUUCGCCUGGACUAAUGGACAGGGACAAAAACCCAAGGCAGUUCUCUCUGGAAUCUCAUUGGACGUCAAACCAGGUGCCCUCGUUGGCAUCACAGGGUUUGUGGGAAGCGGCAAGUCAUCUCUGCUGGCGGCCAUCUUGGGAGACAUGCACCGUCUCGAUGGAACUGUCAAUAUCAACGGCAAGGUGGCGUACGUUCCUCAGGUGGCUUGUAUUUACAACAUGACUGUCCGUGACAAUAUAGUGUUUGGUCAGUCUUUCGAACCUGCCCGCUAUAGCAGCGUGCUCCGGGCCUGUGAACUUUUUACCGACAUCAACACAUUCCCUGCUGGUGACCUCACCGAAGUUGGGGAAAAGGGAGAAACGUUGAGUGGAGGUCAGAAGCAAAGAAUCUCACUGGCCAGAGCAGCCUACAGUCGCAGCCACAUCUACCUUUUGGACGACCCGCUCAGCGCCCUGGACCCAACCGUCGCAGACAAAGUAUUCAAGCAAGUGCUGGGGAGUAACGGCCUUCUGAAGGACACGACCCGGAUCCUUGUGAGCAACCAGGGCAACCAGUUGAAGCACAUGAGUCUGUUGAUAUUGAUGGAAAAUAACACCCUGAGCGUCUACCACAGCCUCGAAGAACUGCUUCAAGACGAACGUGCUCCUAAGACACUAAGCAUCGGGAUUGCGGGUCAGGGGCAGAGGAGACCUGCCAAAUCCGACAGUGAAGCAGUGCUAUCGGAGCAAGAUGAAUCGAACGGAAAAGUUACGCAGUUGGAGUCAUCCACAUCCUCUAAGUUAAGGGUACAAAAAAAGUAG